GAGAUUAAAUGCAAGUUAAAUCAAAUUAUCAUUUAUCUAAUGAACUAUAUUUGAUAAACUGAGUACGGUGAGUCGGUAAAGUAUUUCAUUGGUGAAUACAGAAGGCGUUGAACAACUUUACACCAAGAAUCAUGCGGCGUGUCAGCAACAUUGACCAGAUAGGUGUUGGGGAUGUUAUUGUCUUCACCUAUUGGUUGAUUGCUCACCAAGGAAUCGUGUCAGGAAUUGUAAAGAAAAAUGAGGACGAAGUGUACUUGCAAGUGAUCCAUUAUGGAACUCAGUCAAUAUUUGCAACACGGACAAUAAUGGAGGAAACACUUUUGUUUAAUCUAAGAACACAAACAGUUUACGUCAUGUCUUUUGACGGACAAGCAUUUGAGUCGGAAACGAUUGUGAAAAGAGCCCGUAGCAGGAUAGGAGAGAAACGCCAUCAGAUUAUACACAACAAAUCACUCCAAUUUGUGGAGUGGGCUGUAGUUGGAACACAUGUACAAUGGAAACGAAACACUACUCAUGGGCCAUUACAUCUGUACAAUGUGUACAGCUGGGAAGAUCUACAUAAAGGCUCCAUUGUUGAAUUCACAUAUUAUGGAAUCGAUCAUCAAGGAAUUCUGACCGAAUGCGACGAAGAUCAACGAAAGAUUACCGUCAUUCAUUACGGAACUCGCGGUUAUUUCUCUACCCGCACGAUAAUGGAGGAUACAUUGGACAUGGAUUUGAAAACGCAAUCUUUGAAGAUAUAUCGGUAUGACGGUGGCAGGCGCUACAACGAACCUGACUUGGUUGUUAAAAAAGCAAAGGAACGAGUAGGCGAACGUAACUGGAAAGCAGGAAAUAGGUCGUGGGACUUCUGUCUUCAAUGCCUUUUCUUUCCCUAACUAAAAUAUAUUGCAUGACAGAUUGAAUUUCAAGUAUACACGGAUACAAAGACGGUGACUUGCAGUUUAUGUAAGCGCUCGAAGUGUCUAAUAAAUUAGUUAAUUAUC